CUUCUGAUUUUAUUUGGUAGUAAUGAGUAACAAAAAUAUAGAGAGAGAGUAAACCACAUUUAUCUGUUUUGUUAAAUGAAGCACAAUUUCAUCUUUUGCAAGCUGGGGGAUUUAGUUGGCAACCCAAAAUAAAACAAAAUAAAUCUCCUGUAAGCCAUCUUUCAAACUUGACCCAGCCUGUGGCUUGAGAAGAUAAUAAAUGAAUCAUGAUCAAGUAAGAGUGAGUCUCUAACUGAACAGUGAUCACCUAAAGACAAGCUGAUGUCCUGUAUUUCAGCAAUAUCCUGUUUCCCUGAGCCGGUAACAUGUUGCCAUUGUAUCAAAGCAGGGUGGACCUACGGUCCUGUAAUGCUCCAUGUAGCAGACUCUACUUCCUGCAGCAAAUGACAGCUGAUCAUCGCUGGUGAAGUGUCAUUGGAGCAGGUGUCUUCGUUAUGGGUUGUGCUUCACUUAUUAUGUAGCAUGGGAGUUGCAGCUUGAGCAAGCAGUGUGUCACAGCUCACCUACUGCCACAUGGGUCCUGGAGGACUGUGGCUGGAACAGGUGAAUUCAGGUGUGCAUUGAGAGGAGUGGUGUGUUUGUUCACUCUCCUCCUCCCCCCCCUCUACUCUCUGUGGGACUGUUUCCGUAAGAGACUGUGAAGCUGGCUGGAUUACUCGCUGCUAUGACAGUUGCAGAGACGCACAAAAUCGGUUUAAGAUACUUUUAUCUUGCUUUUCGGCCUUUUUUUUUAUAAUGCUGGAAUGCCUCAGUGGGUGUAGAGCCUCGGGAGACACAUUUCUUUAAACAUGCGGCCGUUCCUGCGCCGUCGCCUGUCCCCUCUGAAACUGGUGAUCCUUGGGGGGACUCUGUUCAUGGUGGUCCUAGUGGUUCUUCAGAGGGACGUCAGCUCUACCUCUGCUGCAGACCCCUGGUUUCAGGAGCUGGUGGACAAGAAGGACAAAAUGAUCGUCAUGGUUCGAGAAGCGGUCAACAACAUUGGUUUCCAGAUCAAAGCCCCGCAGCCACCACCAGUACAGGAGCAGCCCACCCAUGAUUCCAAAUGUCCUCCUGGCCUCUACACACAGGCUGAACUGAAGCCUCACCUGGAAAGGCCGCCGCAGGAACCCAAUAGCUACGGGGAAGAUGCAAAGCCAUUUCAGAAAGACCACAUGACCCCAGAGGAGGAGAAGGAGAAGGAAGAGGGCAUGACACGACACUGUUUCAACCAGUUUGCCUCCGACCGCAUCUCACUCAGUCGUGGUCUUGGGGAGGACACGAGGCCUGUGGAGUGCGUGGAGAGGAAGUUCCGUCGCUGCCCUCCUCUGCCCAACACCAGCGUUAUUAUAGUAUUCCACAACGAGGCUUGGUCCACCCUCCUCAGGACUGUCCACAGUGUUCUACACACAUCUCCUGCUAUCCUGCUCCAUGAGAUCAUCCUGGUAGAUGACGCCAGCACAGCAGAUCACCUCAAGGUCCAACUGGAGGAGUAUGUCCGUCCACUGAAGAUUGUCCAUGUUAUCAGGCAGAAGGAAAGGAAGGGCCUCAUUACAGCCAGACUGCUGGGUGCCAGUUUCGCUCAGGGAGAAAUCCUCACCUUCCUUGACGCACACUGUGAGUGUUUCCAUGGUUGGCUAGAGCCAUUGUUGGCCCGCAUUGUUGAAGAACCCACCGCUGUUGUUAGUCCAGAAAUCACCACAAUUGACCUCAACAGCUUUCAGUUUCACAAACCUGUGGUCACAAACCGCGCUUACAACAGAGGAAAUUUUGACUGGAGCUUAACGUUUGGCUGGGAGGCCAUUCCUGAGGAGGCAAGGAAGCUGCGCAAGGAUGAAACCUACCCUGUGAAAACACCUACUUUUGCUGGAGGUCUCUUCUCAAUCUCUAAGAAGUACUUUGAACACAUUGGUACAUAUGAUGACCAGAUGGAGAUAUGGGGUGGGGAAAAUGUGGAGAUGUCAUUCAGGGUGUGGCAGUGUGGCGGUCAGCUAGAGAUCAUCCCUUGUUCUGUGGUUGGCCAUGUUUUCCGCACCAAGAGCCCCCAUACUUUCCCCAAAGGUACAGAAGUCACUCGCAACCAGGUUCGCUUGGCUGAGGUCUGGAUGGAUGACUACAAGAAGAUCUUCUAUCGUCGCAACAAGAACGCUGCAACCAUGGCCAGUGAGCACAAGUAUGGGGACGUCACUGACCGUCUGAAUCUCAAAGAGCGGCUUCAGUGCAAGAAUUUCACCUGGUACCUCAACACAGUCUACCCAGAGGCCUUCAUUCCAGACUUGGCGCCAGAAAAAUACGGAGCACUUAGAAACUCAGGAUCUCAAACCUGUUUGGAUGUCGGCGAGCACAACGAGGGAGGCAAACCUAUGAUCAUGUACCCCUGUCACAACAUGGGAGGCAACCAGUAUUUUGAAUACACAUCUCAUAAGGAGCUGCGCCAUAACAUUGGUAAGCAGCUGUGUCUACAUGCCACUCCUUAUCCAGAGCUGGUGAAGAUUGAGCUAUGUCAGCGCAAGGGGAAGGGCACCAGUUUAUCACCACAACAGGAGUGGGUCUUUACAGAGGAAAAUCUUCUGAAGAACCCCAGCAGUGGAAAAUGUUUACAAUUAAAAGAAGGCCAAAUUAAGAUGGACUACUGUAACGCCGCUGAUCUCUACCAACACUGGUCUUUCAGCUGACCUCCCAGUGUUCACAUCAGGUGACCUCUGGCACUCCCUGUCUCAGACUCUACACUGAUCCAAAAGAACUUUGUGCUGUGAAGCUUGGGGCAUCUGGUCAAAGCACAAUGACUGAUAAAAAAAUGGAGGACACAGUAAAGACACUCACAUCAGAUGAUGAUGAAAGGACAUACACUUUUUAAUUUAUUUAUGGGGGAAUCUCAGGAAGGAAAGACAUUUGAAGUUGGGGGACACCUAUUACCCACUGAGUGUGGAAGGUAUGUGUACAUGAGUUACAGCUUAAUCAUGGGGUGAGGGCUGUAAACUGUAAUGAUCUUAAUUCAAUGAAUUUACAUUCUUAUAUGAAACAUCACUGUAAGUGACCUGUUUUGCUUUGUAUGGCAAUGAAAUAAUGCAAAAAGUCUACUGAGGACCAAGAGAUUUAUAGUGCAGAAUUAUUAACUAAUGAAAUAUACCAGCAACCAACAAUUAGUUGUCCUGGUUAUUAUUAGUAGAAUGGUUUUUUUAUGUUGUAGGCAGGUGAUUGUUGUUAAUAAUUUACCCAGUAAACCAAACCCUGAAGGAAUGA